CACUAGAGGGCCUCCCGUCGAUGACGUGAGCGUUACGUCAGAUCACCGCGCUUAUUCGACCUGCUACGACACAGUUCAGGUGUGUUCGACAAGAGCUCCGCUACUUACGACUAAACAAAGGAUUGUAGUGCCAAUCGACCAUCGUCCACGUUGGUGCCUACAUUAGUGACCCGAACGCCUACAUUGGUGAGCCGAACAUUAAAACUCAUCGAAUUUACAAAUUUCGCCUGGAGAACAGAAAUAUUUUACCAGGUACGUGAAAACAAUGAGUCAACCCGUGGUCGGCCACGUGGCCGUCAAGCCACCGCCAUUUUGGACCGAGAGCCCAGCACUUUGGUUCGCCCAGUUGGAGAGCCAAUUCGUCCUCGCGAACAUAUCCAACGAUGAAACGAAAUACAGCCAUGUAGUCGCGAGUUUAUCGGAACGUAUGGCUACCGAAGUCCAGGACAUUUUGGCCGCUCCUCCGAAUACCGACAAAUACAAAGCGAUUAAACGGGCACUGAUCGACCGCUUGUCCCAGUCCGAAGCCCAACGUCUCGAAAAGCUUCUACGCACCGAAGAGCUCGGCGACCGCACGCCAUCGCAAUUCCUUCGACGCUUAAGAACUCUCGCAGGUCAUACGGUUACGGAGGACCUACUCAGAAGCAUUUGGUUGUCCCGUCUUCCCACCGAUAUGCAGAAGAUACUAACUGUAUCCGAGGGCACACUCGAAUCUCUCGCUAAGAUCGCCGACCGCCUUAGCGAAUUGUACCCCUCGACAUCGAAUAUCUCCGCCACGUCUACGGCCUCUGCCACGGCCGAUCCCAGAAUCGCCGCGCUCGAAGUGCAAAUCUCCGAACUCUCAAAACAAAUUUCCGAGAUGUCACGACAAUAUGGCCGUUCUCCACCUCGCCGCCGUUCCUCGAGCCGUGGAAGACUCGGUCGACGCUCCCCACCUAACACCUUCCCGAACAAUAUCUGCUGGUACCACGGAUAUCAUUAUUACAUAAUGAUUACUAGGGAUUUAGUUGGUAUAGAAGGAUGCAUGAGGACAUGUAACGGUCAUAGUAAAAAUAGUGCAUCAUAUACGUAUGAGAAGAGUGAAUGUGAUUCUGAAUGA